AGCCCACCUCCCACAACACCGAGCUCCAUUCAUUCCGUUCCGUUCGCCCAACCGAUAGAAAAGUCUCGUCAUCUUCACAGGACCCAAGCCAAGCAAUCCCCUCUCCUCUUCGCUUCCUCCGACGACUCUCUUCUCGCCGAGCGUCUCCUCCGAGCACGCGUAGCGGAUCCAUGGCGCUGACGCUGCGGUCCUCGACGUCCUUCCUCGCGCCGCUCGACCCCUGCUCCAAGCUCCUCCACAAGCCCGAGGACGCGCCGCCCUCCUGCGUCGCUGUCCCGCAGGCGCCCGCCCGGCUCCGCGCCCUCAGGGCGGUCGCGCAGGCCCCGCCGGCGCCGAUGGAGGCCCCGGCUCAGUCCGAGCUGCUGCACGGCCAGGUCCAGCAGGCGAAUGCGGGGGGCGGCCGGCCGAGCAGGGGCGGGGUGCCGGUGUUCGUGAUGCUGCCGCUUGACACGGUGGGGCCCGGCGGCCAGGUGUCGCGCGGGCGCGCGCUGGCGGUGAGUCUGAUGGCGCUGCGGAGCGCCGGGGUGGAGGGGGUCAUGGUGGACGUGUGGUGGGGCGUGGUGGAGCGCGAGGGCCCCGGGCGCUACGACUGGGAGGGCUACGCCGAGCUGGUGCGCAUGGUGGAGCGCGCCGGCCUACGGCUCCAGAUGGUCAUGUCCUUCCAUCAGUGCGGCGGCAACGUCGGCGACUCCUGCAACAUCCCGUUGCCGCCAUGGGUUCUGGAGGAGUUGAACGCCGACCCGGACAUCGUGUACACGGACAGGUCCGGCCGCCGCAACCCCGAGUACAUCUCCCUCGGCUGCGACACGCUGCCGGUGCUCAAGGGCCGGACCCCCGUCCAGGUCUACUCCGACUACAUGCGCAGCUUCCGCGACAGGUUCGCCGGCUACCUCGGCACCGUCAUCGCCGAGGUCCAGGUUGGCCUGGGCCCCUGCGGCGAGCUGAGGUAUCCUUCCUACCCGGAGGCCAACGGGACAUGGAGUUUCCCGGGCAUCGGCGAGUUCCAGUGCUACGACAAGUACAUGCGGGCGUCGCUGCAGGCGGCGGCCGUGGCGGCGGGGCACGAGAACUGGGGGACAAGUGGGCCGCACGACGCCGGUGAGUACAAGCAGUUCCCGGAGGAGACGGGCUUCUUCCGCCGGGACGGCACGUGGAGCACCGAGUACGGCCACUUCUUCCUCAAGUGGUACUCCGGGAUGCUCCUGGAGCACGGCGACCGCGUGCUGGCCGCUGCCGAGGCCAUCUUCGGCGGCACUGGCGUCACGCUGUCUGCCAAGGUCGCCGGCAUCCACUGGCACUACCGCACCCGCUCCCACGCCGCCGAGCUCACCGCGGGGUACUACAACACGCGGCACCACGACGGGUACGAGCCCAUUGCGCAGAUGCUGGCCAGGCACGGCACCGUGCUCAAUUUCACGUGCAUGGAGAUGAAGGACGAGCAGCAGCCCGGCCACGCCGGCUGCUCGCCGGAGCUCCUGGUGCAGCAGGUCAGGGCCGCGGCGCGGGCGGCGCGCGUGGAGCUCGCCGGCGAGAACGCGCUGGAGCGGUACGACGAGCAGGCGUUCGCGCAGGUGGCCGCCACCGCCGAGGCCGCCGGGCUGAGCGCGUUCACGUACCUGCGCAUGAACCGGAACCUGUUCGACGGCGACAACUGGCGGCGGUUCGUCGCGUUCGUGAAGACCAUGGCCGACGGUGGCGCGAGGACGACGCUGCCGAGGUGCGACACUGGGCACUCGGAUCUGUACGUGGGGUUCGUUGACGCCGCCAAGGAGCAGAGGGCGCCGGAGUCCGAGGCCGCCGCGGCAUUGUAGGGAGCUUACGUUUGUGUACACAUAUCACAUCCCCUUGUGUAUAUGCUCGACGUGGUAACGUGCGCCGGGAAGGGGGCUGUAUAUUAUGAUCUGUGCGUGCAGGUUACAGGAUUUUAUGGCUGUAAUCGAGCAUUUGUGCUUAGGCCACCUCACUUUUUUUUUCUAUUCCAUUCGAGAAUGUUGGAAUUUCGGAGAAGAUGUAAUCGCAUUAAACAAAAAAGACCUCCGUCAAGGACUCAAACAAUUACUUUUUUGAACAA